AUGAUUUUUCUACAGUGCAUUUCAGGAUUCUUAUCCAGUAUAGCCAUCCUAUACCAAAAACGAUAUAACAAGCUUCAUCAUUCGGUCUAUGGACUAUCCUAUGACCUGUAUCUACUGGAGAUAGUGGGUCAAUUUCUCACAAUUUACUGCACAAUCAAUUAUAGAUGGUCGCCUCUAGUGCGAUUACAACUGUCUAGAAGAUUCCCAUUAUUUUAUCCUUUAGAUGGAUCGAAUAUCCCCAUUUCAAACCCAUUACUCAUAAAGGAUGUAAUCCUCACUAUAUGUGGCUUAUUAGUUCUUCGACAAUUAAUGCUAUACCAAUCUACAAAACAUAUUUACCAGGGAUUUUCAACCACCUGCAUGUCGAUCAUAGGGAUAUUUGCAUCGUUUUCAAUGUUUACAUAUUUUUGUGCUUGCCAUAACCUUCCUGAACGUGAUUCUGGUAAGUUUGGAGUAUUCUAUAUUGACCACGUUAAUUACUUGUGGGUUAUUGGUAAUACCAUCAGAGCUUUCAAAUUUUUACCACAGAUAACACUUAAUUGGAUGGGCUUUUGCACUCGAGGCAUUUCUUCAAAAUACAUCAUCGUCAAUUCAUUAGCGUGCCUUCUUAUUCUCGUCGGAAGCCUAGUAUCUUCUCCUAAUAAAGAAUUUCACCAAAAUGCCUUCAAUAAUUGCCCAUGGGUUGUAACAUUGGUGCAGUUCUUAUCCUUAUGCGCGAUCCUUUAUCAGGCGCAAUGUCUUUAUGUUAAGAAGAAACCAUACUUACCUCGGGGUGAAUAA